AUGAAAAACGGUCAGUUUGGCUGGAACUUGAGAUACUCGCCGUAAAACCCUUGUGUUGCAGAAACGACCGAUAGCAAGAUUGAAGAAUACGCGGAAGAACUUGAAUUGCAGCUCGAGAGCAACGGAAGCGAUCGUUCGAACAAGGGAGAAAAGCAAAAAUCGGGGGUCAGUUUGGGUGAACUCCAAAUGCUUCCCCGGAACAACGUUGUUCUAGGUAUCGCCGGGGACUGGGAAAGAGCAAUGUUUCGAUCUUUUUGCUCGGAGGGAAAACAGCGUGUGUCAACUGGAUCUCUCGAACAAGGAUGUCGUUAGACGACAAUAA